CUCUCCUCCCCCUCAGAUCUCAUCCGUCAUUGCAAGGACCCCGACUCUGAAAAGCCAGCAAGGACAGCCUGGUGCUCUUUGCUCUUUUCGCUCCUUUCAUCUUUUCCUCCUAUUCCCAUUCAUCCCGCCCGCUCUUUCCACACGCCUCUUCUUUUAAGUCGUGCGACAUCAACGCGCUCACUCACACUCUUUCUCCUCACCAUCUUCUCAUCUAACGAACACCUCAUUCACAUCAUCUAGAAUCGACUCGAGCUCUCACUCAUCGACAUGCAUUUCUUCACCGCCGCUUCGACGGCAGCUGCCGUUGUCACCUUUGCCUCGUCCGCCAUUGCGUGCGGGCCUGGUCAAAGUGGCCACGACCUUCCCAACCGCCGCAACCUCGGUAUGAUGCACAAGAAGCGUGCUGCUAGCACGCCAACCGAAGAGUCCGAGGGCCAGAUCAAGAGCGCCAAGGGACAGUGCACUUACUAUAACGUGCCCGAAGUCGCCGCCAUUAUCCCCAACUACCCGACCAUCUGGCAGACGGCAACCAUCCCAUCUAACGACACCACCGCACAGAACCUCUUCAACACGAUCAAGAAGUCGAUCCCUUCUGGCAUCUCGCCAAAGGGAACGCGCGCUGGUGAUUUCACCAGCGUUCACUACGACUCGAGCGACCCGGACUGUUGGUGGACUUUCGGCGAAGCCGGCCAGAAGUGUGAUGUUCCCAAGCACGAUGGGCUUCCCGCAGAUAUUACUAUCUGUGACGAGCCUUCUACAUGGGGCCUGACGUUCGAUGACGGCCCCAACUGUUCGCACAACGCUUUCUAUGACUACCUCCUUGAGAAGAAGCAAAAGGCGACCAUGUUCUACAUUGGGUCCAACGUACUCGACUGGCCCCUCCAGGCUCAACGCGGUCUUGUCGACGGCCACCACAUCUGCUCGCACACUUUCUCGCACCCUUACAUGACUGCUCUCACCGACGACCAAGUCUUCGCUGAGCUCUACUACUCGUCCAAGGCGAUCAAAGAUGUCAUGGGCAUCACCGUCGACUGCUGGCGUCCUCCCUACGGUGACAUUGACGACCGUGUACGUGCCAUUGCUACUGGUCUUGGCCUUAAGUCCAUCCUUUGGUCCGCGGACACGACUGACUGGCAGGUCGAGCCGGAAGGAAACAAGCCCCGAUCCGCAAUCGAGAACAACUACGCCACCAUCAUCGCCAAUGUAUCGAAGACGAUCGGCAACAUCGUCCUUACCCACGAGAUCAACGGCGACACCAUGGACAUCGCCAUGGAGCAGUACCCGAACAUCAGCAAAGCCUUCAACAACGUUGUUCCCCUGACGGCAUGCAUGAACUGGACCAACCCGUACGCCGAGGACAUUACCUACCCUGUCUUCAAGGAUUACGUCAAGGGCAAUAUCGAGCCUUCGGGCGUUCCCUCCCCUUCGGCCAUCUCCAUUUCCAACGCCGCCUACUCUCCCAUGAACGGCGGUGGAUCGUCGGCCGUGGAAGCUGCUGGCUCUCCCACGUCAGCGUCCGAGUCCAACGCAGCCCAGGCCGCGAGCUCUGGCUCGUCGUCAUCCGGCUCGAGCGGCGCUGCUGGCCUCGCCGUCCCAGCCUUUGCCUUCAUCGGCGCUGUCGUCAUGGGUGGCGCUGCUGUUCUUGCAUAGAGAGAGAGGCGCAACAGCAGGCUCUGUUUGCGCACUUGCGCACCGUUUUCGCCUUUCGGAUUCGUCCUACGUGCUCUACUCCUGCAUUGCUUCGCGCCAUCCCCGUUCCUCACCAUCGCUGCAUCCGUAAUUGUAGAAUUGGGCUCGCUCCCUUGAUUUCUCGCACACUCAAUCAAUGGACUCUCUGUGACAUCACCCUUUUGACGACUGACG